AUGACCGCGAAGCGCCUCGACAAGGCCAAGGACGACGCCGAGUCUGCCACAACCGCUGCUGCUCCCGGCGAGUCCGGCGAGUCCGGCGAGCAUGAGGGCAAGUUCGCUCGUACCGACGAGAGCGUGCAGUGGGCCUACCCUGGCGAGGAGAACCUUCCGUCGUCGCGUCCUGCCCAGGGCCGCGCCGGCUGGCACUUCAAGCGCACGCUCGCCAGCUUCUCGCUCGAGGGCCGCAACGCCAUCGUCACCGGCGGCGCCCGCGGUCUGGGUCUCGUCAUGGCUCAGGCGCUCGUCAACAGCGGCGCCAGCGUCGCAAUUGUCGAUAUGCACUUGGAGGAGGCUCAGAAGUCUGCGCAGAGCCUCAUGGACACAUUCCGCAAGGAGAACCACCACACCGACGUGGUCCCCAAGGUCACGGCUCACUAUGCCGAUGUUGCCAACCCCACAUCCGUCAACGAGUCGAUCGCCGAGAUCCUGGCUGAGCACGGCAAGAUCGACAACCUGGUCACCAGCGCAGGCUUUACGGAGAACUUCGACGCGAUCCACUACCCUUACGAUCGCAUGCAGAAGCUCUGGGGUGUCAACGUUGACGGCACCUACCUCUUUGCAGUCGGCGUUGCGAAGCACCUGAUGGAGAGGAAGGCUCCUGGCAGCAUUGUCAUGAUUGGCUCCAUGUCCGGCGCCAUCGUCAACGUUCCCCAGCCGCAGGCUCCCUACAACGCUGCGAAGGCUGCUGUCCGUCACCUAGCUGCCAGUUUGGCUGUCGAGUGGGCGCACGCUGGCAUUCGUGUGAACUCCAUCAGCCCCGGCUACAUGCUGACGGCUCUCACGAAGAAGAUCCUCGAUGAGAACCCCGACCUGAAGAACAAGUGGACGUCGCUUAUCCCGCAGGGCAAGAUGGGUCAGCCUGAGGAUCUCAUGGGCGCUGUCACUUUCCUGUCGUCGGAUGCGUCCAGCUACGUCACCGGUGCUGAGCUCCGCGUUGACGGCGGUUACACCGUCACCUAA